CAACGCCAAAAACAGCGCAUCGUCGCACGCACACCACAACAACAACAACCAACCACCUCACCACACCGAACCUCCACAACUCGCCCUGGCAAGAUGUCGAUGCCGUUUGGGUUUGGGGAGAAGGUGGCUGUGAUGAGCGAUGAUCUCAUCCAUAAGGCCAUCAAGGAACAAGCACCAGAGCAAGUCAAGGUGUACAAGGGCAAUUCUGGCGCCGAGGACAAGGAUGUGCUCUCCCUCCGCCUCGACUUUCAAAAGAUCCUCAAGAUCGAAAAUCUGUGGAGCUUCACUUCAUUGACACACCUGCAGCUGGACAACAAUCUCAUCGAAGUCAUUGAGGGCCUGGACGAACUCGUCAACCUCGAGUGGCUUGACCUGUCCUUCAACUGCAUUGAGAAGUUGGAUGGGUUGUCCAGGCUGACGAAGCUCAAGGACCUCAGCGUCCACCACAACAGUAUCAAAUGCAUCGAAAACCUGGACACACUCGAGCAGCUGGAGGUCCUCUCCAUAGGCGACAACUUGCUGCCGUCUCUGGAAGAGGCGCCCAUUGUCUAUUUGCGGCGCUUCCCAAAGCUGCAGUGUCUCAAUUUGGCGGGAAACCCGCUUUGUGACGACGAGCAAUAUGAGGCAUACGUGGUCGCCCACCUGCCCAAGCUCAAGUUCCUCGACUACCGCCGCGUGGCUGAGGACACGCGGCGGGCUGCCCUCAUCACAUAUCAGGACAAACUGGAGGUCAUCUACGCAAAGGAGGAAGAUGAAGCCGUGCAGCGAAAGCAACAGGAGGAGGCAGAGGCAAAGCUGAAACUGCACAAGGACUCGUGCGUGCCCGGCCUGAGCGGCAACGAGUUCUUCCGCACUGUUCUCGACCCGAGCAUUCGCGCGAUGACGGUGCUCCCGGCGGUGGCCGAACUGCUCGACACAUUUGAGGAAAAGUUUGUCGAAAAGGUGCGACGUUUUGACGGCUGUUAG